AUGGUCUUUGAGGCUGGGUCUAAGCGAGUAUUGGAAGUGCCACCUAUCUACCUUGAUGGUGCUCCUCUGGAUAGAGUGCUACAAUUUAAAUAUCUUGGCCAUAUCGUUACGACCGACCUCAAGGACAAUGCUGACAUCGAGCGUGAGCGGAGGGCUUUAUGUGUUAGAGCUAACAUGAUCGCCCGCAGGUUUGCAAGGUGUUCCCGAGACGUGAAAGUAACGCUUUUCAGAGCGUACUGCACGUCUCUGUAUACGUGCAGCCUGUGGGCGAACUAUACUCAGAAAGCCUACAACACCCUCCGAGUGCAAUUUAAUAAUGCGUUCAGGGCGGUGAUGGGGCUGCCUCGCUAUUGCAGCGCGUCGGGCAUGUUCGCGGAGGCGCGCACGGCGUGCUUCUUCGCGAGCAUGCGCACGCGAGCGGCUGCCCAGGGUGCCUAG